AACCUAAGAUUUUUUCUUCCAUGGAUUAUUACAGUGACUUUAUUUGAGAAUAAAAUCUGUCUGCUGUUGCUCAUUUUUCAAAUUUGGCCCAAAGUCUAUGUACACACAAAUCCUUUUAAUGUCGAUGUUUUACACUCUUUCCUUGUGGAUAACUUGCAAAGAUUGUGAAAACGGACUGUGAACAACUUUCGUAUAUUUAUGUAGCCCUCCAAUUAUUGCAAAAGAUUCAGAAAAAAAUUCAUUUCAGACAUGAGACAUGUCAACUAGUACAUUAUUUAAACAUUUUAAACAAGUUUCUUGCAAAACUAAGACUAUGUGAACAAGAAAGAAGACUGUAGAUAAGCUUAUAAAAAGGUAUACAGAGUUCAUUGUUUCAUAAGCUGGUGUUUAGAUAUCAUGGGUUACAACCAAAAUCAACAAAUGCUGGCUCUAUGCAUAACAUUAACAAUAAUGUUUCUUGGUGUGAGAUCAGAUUUGAAUCAGGACAUAAAAGGGUGUCAAGAUUCCAUGUCUGAUCUCUACUCUUGUCUUCCUUUUGUCACUAACAAAGCUAAAGCUCCAGACUCAACAUGUUGCACCACACUCAAAGAAAAACUAGACAAAGGACAGACCAAGAGAUGUCUCUGCACUCUUGUCAAAGACAGGGAUGAUCCUGGUUUAGGGUUCAAGGUUGAUGCCAACCGUGCAAUGAGCCUCCCUUCCGCUUGUCAUGUCCCUGCAAAUAUUACACAAUGCCCAGAGCUUCUACAUUUGCCUCCAGAUUCAGCAGCCGCUAAGAUUUUUAAGCAAUUCACUGAAUCCUCCUCUCAGAAUGUUGGACACAAAGCUGUAUCCACAAGUUCAAGCGUUAAAGGAAGAGAUAAGAAGCAAUUUGGACUAAUGAUGGCUGGAGCUUUCUCAGUAUGGUACUUAAUGUAAACCUUUGUUAUGAAAGUUAAUAAAUACAACCAAAACCGCUAUAAGAUCCAUAUCUAUCAGUUGUGGAUGUACCAUGGCUUGUUAAAUAAAACAUAUUGAAAGACAGCAUCUGAUUAAUCUAUUAUGUGAUUGUAUGUCAUAUAACUGAAACGUUAUGGAGCCA